AUGAACUUCCCAGGUGAUGAUCAACCAACCUUUGAGCCACAGGGAGGACAACCUACCUUUGAGCCAUUAGAAGGUCAACCAACCUAUGAGCCAUUCGAAAAUCAACCAACCUUUGAGCCACAAGAAGGCCAACCUACGUUUGAGCCACUCGAGAAUCAACCUACCUUCGAGCCAGAAGCUCAACCUACCUUUGAGCCGCAGGAAGCUCAACCUACUUUUGAACCACAGGAAGGGCAACCUACUUUGGAACCCCAGGAAGCACAACCAUCAGUUGAGCCUCAGGAAGCUCAACCUACCUUUGAACCACAACAAGACCAACCAACCAUUGAGCCACAGGGAGCUCAACCUACCUUUGUCCCACAGGAAGCUCAACCAACCAUUGAGCCACAGGGAGGAGCUCAGCCUACCUUUGAGCCACAGGUAGCUCAACCGACCUUUGAGCCACAGGAAGCUCAACCGACCUUUGAACCACAGCAAGACCAACCAACCAUUGAGCCGCAGGAGGAUCAACCAACGUUUGUGCCACAGGAAGAUCAACCUACAGCACCGCCGCCAACAGAACCAGUCACUGAUCCACCUACUUUAAUACCAACAAUUCCUCCCUCUGAAGAAGCCACAACCUGUUUUCUUGACAUAGCAGGUACCACAUUUUAUGGUGUCUCUAUUGAUGAUGCUGGAUCACUUUCAGACGAAGACUUAGUAUCUGCCUUCAUGGAAGCUGAUGGCAAUCUUGUAAAGGAUGAGUGUGAUCCCUCAGUGGAUAGUGUGUCAGUUGUUGACCGUGGUCCAGUGAGGAGACAUCUGAUGUCACAAAAGCGAAGAGGGCUGCAAGACAGUGAACUUGUUGUGUUUGAAGUUACUGCCAUGGUAGAUCCCGACUUUAACCCACCAAGUGGAUUCAGUUUGUAUGGUGGGACUGUAGGCGACGACAGCUUUGUUGAGUCUCUUGAUUCUGUGCAAUUGAUCAUUGAUAGUGGUGCUACUGUGGUGGAAGCUGGAAAUGUCGCUGAACCAACAGACCCACCAACAAGUACUCCAACCAACUUACCAACAAGUACUCCAACCAACCAACCUACCAAUGCACCAUCAGUAGGUCCAUCGGAGACUCAAUCAGACUAUCCAUCUGUCCAACCAUCGUUUGGUCCAUCUACGAAACCAUCAGAUGGCCCAUCUACGCAACCAUCCCUGUCAUCAGAUAGUCCAUCAGUUACCCCAUCUCUCAGACCAUCCAGGACACCGUCGAUGGCACCAUCAGACAGUCCUUCCAUAGCACCUUCAACAGGUCCAUCGGAGACCCAAUCAAACUAUCCAUCUGUCCAACCAUCAGUUGGUCCAUCUAGAAAUCCAUCGGACAUCCCAUCUACGAAACCAUCAUUGAGUCAGUUCCCAUCUGUUACACCAUCAGGUCAACCAUCUAUGUCAUCAGAUAGUCCAUCCAGGACCCCAUCUCUCAGGCCAUCCAGCAGACCAUCGGUAACACCAUCGGUAACACCAUCAAACAGUCCUUCCACAGCUCCAUCCAAUAGUCCUUCCAAGACAGCUUCUGAAAGCCCUUCUCUAAGACCAUCAUUGAGUCCAUCCACGGAACCAUCUGGCAGGCCAUCUCUCAGACCAUCAUUGAGUCAGUUCCCAUCUAUGAAACCGUCCAAUCAACCUUCCAGCCAACCUUCCAGCCAACCAUCUGGCAAUCCAUCGGUAGCCCCAUCUACCAGUCCUUCCAAGGCAUCCAAUAGCCCAUCGAUGCAACCAUCUGUGAUCCCUUCCAUGGAACCAUCGGGCAGGCCAUCUGCACAACCAUCACUGAGCCAGGUCCCGUCUAACAUGCCAUCCCACCAGCCAUCCUUGGCUCCAUCAAAUCACCCUUCCAUUGCCCCAUCUACCAACCCAUCCAGGACACCAUCCGGCAGGCCAUCUGUGCAACCGUCUACGGCCCCUUCGAUGGACCCCUCCAGCAGACCAUCCAUGCAACCCUCGAGCAAACCAUCCAUGCAACCCUCCAAUAUUCCAUCUCAGGGUCCAUCGACCGGUCCAUCUGUCACACCACCCUAG